AUUCAAUGUCUAUAAAAGCCUGAAGCCCCUCUUAAGCAGCUGUGAGAGAAGAAAGAGUAGGAUAAGAUGAGGAUCCUCGUCUCUCCUGCCAUUUUAGCUUUGCUAGGAGUGGUGGCAGCCUCUUCUAUCCAAACAGGAGGAUGGAAACCUGAGCAGGAGUUUAUCUUCAAGUACACGACACAGGUGCUAACAGGAAUACCAGAACUGAAUGACCAGUUCUCUGGUAUCCGUCUCUCUUCUGAUGUCAGGGUUCAGAGCUUAUCAGACUCCUCACUAAGAAUUCGUCUUGAAAACACAAAAUUUAAUUUGCACAAUGAUCAGCUCCAACAAGACAAUCUUCAGGAUUUUGGAAAGCAUCUUGAACAGAAUCUUCCUUCUGAGAUGAAAAAAUGGUUGGAAACUUCCUUCACUGUCUAUCAUAAGAGAGGUCAUUUUGAGAAAAUGGAGAUACAAGAUUCUGAACCAGAAUUUAUUGUAAAUCUUAAGAAAGGUCUUAUGUCCCACCUUCACUUUGAGCUUAGAGAUUCUAGCUUUUCCAGGGCCCAAGCUGUAGCUCAAAAUCAUGUCCAGUCUAACUAUUCCAGGGCCCAAGCUGUAGCUCAAAAUCAUGUCCAGUCUAAAGAUCAAGCUCUUACCUUUAUGGUAAUGGAAGAAUCUAUUCUGGGUAACUGUGAAACAUCAUAUUCCAUUAACCCAUUACCACUAGACCUUCAGAACAUAAUCAAACAAGAAGAGCAGCAUGGAAGUGAUGUAAGUUGUCAGGAUUUAGAAUACUUUGAGGUCAUAAAAUCCAGAAAUUUGGACAACUGUCUUAAACAGCCUGUGUAUCAUAAGACAUUUGGCACAUGGUCUAGAUCUGAAGGAGCUGGUUCCUCCUCCCAGAGCAGUCACUCCUCGGUAUCCAGAGCAAUCAUGUGCGGAACCAUUGACAACUACAGGAUGGUAAAGGUCACAUCUCAGAAUAAGAUCAUUUCAAGUGCACUUGGAGAUAAGGCUAGUUCCGAGAUUUUAGAACUCACUUCAACUUCUAUUCUUCAUCUUCAAUCUGUCAAGGACAUAUCUGACAAGAUUGAGACCUCUUCAUCCAUUAAAACAUACACCACCCUUUCAUAUGAAUAUGGGAAAGGGUAUCUAAGUGGUGAGCCUUUGUCAGGAGUCAGAAAUGGUUCCAUAAUCUUUGCUGACCAACCUGAUAUGACAACAGCACCUCAGCAUUUGUUGCCUAGGUCUAUUCCUGCAGUGGAAGUAAAAGAAAAGGUUAUUCAAUCAAUUCUUGAUCUUGUUAGAGAUGGCAAAAAAAUAAACCAGAAUCUUGAGAAGGAUAUUGCUGGGGUGUCUACAGUGAUCUCAAGAUCAAUUCACAUACUCGGGUAUGCUGAGCUUAGAGAUGUAGAAUCAACUCUGCGCAGGGAACAUGACAGCAAACUUUCAAUUGAAAUAUUUUAUGACCUCCUGGCUAUCACCGGAACAAACCCUUGCAUUAAACUUAUCAAAGAAAGAGUUCUUGAUGGAGAAAUAUCUGGAGAAACUGGAUCUUGGAUUAUAUCCAAUGCUUUAAGGUCAAUUAAGUAUCCCACUGAGGAGCUUCUUCAGGAGUUGGUUGAACUUUUAAUGACUCGUCAGGUUCAGGAUUCAAGACCUUCCCAAUCAUCCUUAGUGUUAGGACUUACAGAAAUGGUUUACAAAGCUUGUAUUAACCCUGUUAGCUCCAGAAAUGAAUUUCCUACCAAGAUCUAUGGACAGUUUUGCAAUAAGGACUCAAAAAUCAUCAAAGAUCAGUUAGAACCUCUCCUGGUCAAUAAGAUGAGAGAUAGUAGGAACAGAAAUAAACAUUCUGCUUUAGUUUAUGUGAAUGCCCUGGGAAAUCUAGGAACAGAAACUGCUGGCCAGGAACUAGUUAAUGUUGUUGAAGGAAGGUUUGGACCAUCUCCCCUUAUUCGUUCUCUAGCUGUUUAUAGACUGAUCAGAAAUGCCAAGGGGAAUCCUGCUCUUUACAAAACUAUAUUCCAGGCUCUGAUAGAAAACCCAUCUGAAAACACAGAAGUGAGAAUUGCUGCUAUCACAGCCUUUCCUUACUCACAGCCAUCAACUUCAGAUUAUCAGAGGCUUGCAAUUAGAACUUGGUUUGAACCAACCAAUCAAGUUUCUUCUUAUAUUUAUUCCGCUCUGAAGGCGCUCAAAAAUAAUCUUAGAGGACCAAAUGAGUUUUCUAGAAAAGCAACUAUUGCUUUAACCUUAUGUAAGCCAAGCGCCUAUGGAAUUCAAACCUCACGAAAUGUCCAAGUUUCUCAAUUUCUAGAAUCUUUUAAACAUAUCAUUCAUCAGAACAUACAAUGGGUUUCCUCUGAAGAAUCAUUUAUCCCUAAGUCCAUUUACUCUAGAAUGGAAAUGAGAGGAAUUGACAAUUCUGCUGUUCCUCUUGAGGCCCAUCUGUACAUCCAUGGAGCCCAAUAUGUAAUUGAUCAACUGUAUGAGAUGUACUCUGGAAGGUUUGAUAGGCAGGACACAACACAGGAGCAAAAUAAUAACUUUAGAGAAUUGAGGGAAAGGUCAUCAAGGCUUCAAAUUGAGCCAAGAUAUGUAGAUAAUAAUGCUGAGGCUCACUUUACAUUAAAGACUUUGGGCCUGCAGAAAAUAUACUCCCUUGAUGCUGAAUUUAUAAGAACAAUAAAGGAAGACCUUGAAUCACUUCUAAGAAAUCGUCAUGAUUUAACAAACGGUAUAUCAAAAGAGUACUUUAAAGUCCAUGAUUGGUCUGGUUCUGACACAGUUUUCCCAACAGAAUCUGGAUUUCCGGCCUAUAUCACAAGAAGAAAUCCCUCAGUGCUCUAUACUAGAAUUAAUGUUGUGCCAAAGGCAACUUCAAGUUUUCCUUCCAACAUGGAGUUUAACUUUGAGCUGAAGACCAUUCUAAACUACAAACAAGAGGUGCAAGGAGGUAUUAUAACUCCUAUUACUGACCAGGCCCAUGCUGCCGGGGCUGAUUAUUCAGUUUUUGCAUCUCUUCCUCUCAAGGGCAAGGUAUCUCUACAGGAGGGUCAAGCAUCUCUAACUGUUCUGAAAACUAAUGAUACUGAAGACAAGUUAAUUCUUCAAUCUUCCGUCACUCCCUUCACCACCAGCUGUACUAUCAACAAGAUUAGACCUGCCAUUAAAUCUUCAUCAUCCAAGUUUGUAAAAUCUAGAACUCCGGAAAAACAGGAAUCCUACAAUCUUCUUAGAUCCCUUGGAUUGAACCUUAAGGUUCAGGUUCAAACAGAACAAGAAAAUGUUGGUCCUUUAGCUUUUGCACCCAAGAAAAGUUCACCAUUUUUGAUCAGUUCUUUGUUUUCAAGCCCAUUCAAAUCAGCAAAAAGACAUAUGAUUCGCUUAGAAGGAAAUCCAUCAGAAGUUGAGGCUGCCACAUUUAAUGUUAACAUAGGAUUCGGGACAAAGGAAUCAAAGCAUGAAAAAUCCCACAUGAGUUACCCAAUAUUUGAAUUUGCAUCAGAGGUGGAAAGGGUUUGCAAGAAGAAUGCUCAAGAAGAAAAUGAAAUAUCAUCUUGCAAGGAAUUCAUCCUUCAUAAACUAGGAGGAGAAAUAAUUGACUUGAACAUUCUAAGGUCUAACAUGGGAGAAAAAUUGAUUAAUCAGCAAUCUCAAGAGGUUGCAGUUGAAAAACAGAUCUGUAGAGAAGGAAAACAUUGGUGCGAUGAGAACCGACAAUCUGAAAUGAAUAUCUGUUUUGAAAAUCUCAUGCUCUGCAAUCAAAGGAGAGAAAACAGAGACACUACUAGGGAAACUCUGAAACAUCUGAAAAAGGGCAACGCUGUGACUGUGUCACUGUCUGCUACUCUUAGGGAAUCUCAAGGCAGAAAUUUAAGAAGAUUUACCACUCACAUUUCUCUCGGGCAGAAAAGAAGCAAUAAAACUGAAGAAAUUCAAGUGAGAGGGGAGUUAAUCCAGGAGUCACCAAGCUUAAGGCAGCCAUUUGAAGUCAAGUACUUGUAUUCAAGCAUUAUACAGAAACCUAAACAUUAUUGGAACUCUAAUGAAGUUCUAAAUGAAGAUUUAACUGGCAAAAUUGUAUUGAAUUCUCAUUAUGGAUUCCAAGGAGAAGAAAAAGAUAUCAUUAAUGUUGACUUUGACCUUGGAAGAUCUGAAUCUUUGAAACAUUUUGCCCAAAACUCUGAAGAAGUAAAGCAGUGUGAAAAGGACUUAGGUGAAGGAAGAACUUUGACAACAGUCUGUAAACAAGCAAAACGCCAAGCUGACUCAUUAGAUAUUAUAUCAGGAACUCUUUCUAUCCCAAGAAAGCUCUCCCAAACCCAAAUGUACAUUUCUCUUGGGAAAGGAAUUAAAGGUUUCUUGUUCCCAUUCAUAUCAGAGAAACAAAUAGAUCAUGUUGAGUCCAAUGAUAGGAUUGAUUUCAAGGUUGAAGGAUCCAUCUCAAAUUCAGGGGAAGAAGCAACACUCCAACUGAAAGGUAACAAUGUAGAAACUGAACUGAAAGGAAUACAUCUUGGCUCCCUAACCAAGGGACUUUAUCCACUUAGUACAAAACAUUCUUUUCUCAACGAAUUUCUUCAAAAGAUGACAAACCACGCUUCUCCCUCAAGCUGCAGAAUUGAAGGGGGUAAGGUCACAUCUUUUGAUCAACUAGAAUAUGAGUAUGAACUGAAUGACUGCGAGCAUAUUGUAUUCCAAGAUUGUUCUGAAGAUCAAAGGGUCAGUGUUUCAACCAAGAGAAGGCUAUCCAAACAGCAUGUUACAAUUUUCGUUGAUGGUAACAAAUAUGAGGUGGAAACUGAUAAACCUGACAGAUAUUUACCCUCAGGCAAGACCAUCCUUAGAGUUAAUGGAGAAGAAAUGGUCUGGAGAAGACAAGAUGAAGCUGAUGGUCAAUUUCUAUCAGAAAAUAAGAACAGGCAGGUCAACACAAAUGAAAUAUCAAGAAGUCAGCAAAAAAAUGAUCUUCAGUACAUUGAUGGCGAGGAGAAUUAUCUCAAUAAUGGUCAAAACUAUAUCACCAACUUUAAAGAUGGUGUUGUUAAGGUCACUUCUCUGAAAUAUGGAGUCACAGUUCUUGUAGAUCAUGAAAGAAUAGAAAUUCUCUCUUAUCAGCAUUUAUUCAGAAACACAGCGUGUGGUCUAUGUGGGGAUUUGAAUGGAGAAAAAUCAGCUGACAUGAAAUCAUCAAAAAUGUGCUUGAUGUCCAAACCCAAGCUUGCUGGUUUCAGUUACAUGAUUGAGGAUGGAAACUGUCAAGGUAUUCCAACAGAGCAUAGAACCAGAUUUAACAAAGAGCAGUCAAAAUGUGAGAAGAAAUCUGAGAUUCCUACAAAAAUAUCCCAAUUGUUAAAAUAUAACCAAAUGCAGAACAAGAAGACAAAUCCUUAAUUGUAAAUCACUGUGUAAAGACAAGAUCAUAAUUCACAUUUAAGGUGAAUUGUUUCUGCAAAACUUUUUCAAAUCUUGUUAAUAAAUCAUACUAUGAGGUAAAUUUUAA